GUAUGGUUGGUUUUGCAGUGGAGUUUCUUUCUAAUAUAAACACCCCAAAAGGCCUUUCUCAUUUAUUAAUUUAUCUAUUUUCUUAUCCGGUUUGGUGGAUUUUCACGAGUUGAACCGCCAUUAUUGUUGUUUGUUGCUUCUAAUUAUUGAACACAUCUCAUUUGAUAAAAUUUUAUUUGUUUUGGGGUCCAUGAUGAAUGUGUUUUUGCAGUACACCUCUUCUGGAUUGUUUGUCUAACCUGUUGUUUUACUGUUAAACUAAUAUUAAAUCAACCCCAUUAGUCUGAAUCUUAGUACAUUUUGUUUCUCUCUGUAAAUCUGUGACAAAUAUCAUCUGUGUUUUUUGGGUAAAAUACCUAGUGUUUCUUAAUCUGGGCAUUGGUCAAAGUUCUUCGUUUUCAGUUCUUCUGAUUCAAGGUCCCCAGUUAUUCCACUCACUCAACUUGUUCGAGUUUGUCUCUGAGGUUUUAGUUCUAAAGAGUAAUGCAAAUUGGAGGCACCCAAAAUGGCAAAUCUUGUUCCAGGGGUUCUUUUGAAGCUUUUACAGCAUAUGAACUCGGAUGUCAAGGUUGCUGGUGAGCACAGGUCAUCUUUAUUGCAAGUAGUGAGUAUAGUUCCUGCUCUAGCAGGAGGUGAGCUGUUCUCAAACCAAGGCUUUUACCUUAAGGUUUCUGAUUCAUCUCAUGCUACAUAUGUAUCAUUGCCUGAUGAACAUGAAGAUUUGAUUCUUAGUGAUAAGAUCCAAUUAGGCCAGUUUAUUCAUGUUGAUCGGUUAGAAUCCGCGUCGCCGGUUCCCAUUCUUCAUGGGGUUAGGCCGGUUCCGGGGCGACACCCCUGUGUAGGGAACCCUGAGGACAUUGUUGCAACUCAUUCUCUUGGUUUCCUUAACAAUGGUAGUAAAAGUGGCUCUGGUUCGAAACCUGGAGAGAAAGUUAAGUCACCGUCAGGCAGUGGUCAUGGUGGAGAGAAGGAUAAAUCUGUUGGGAGUAGAUCGAAUGGCGGUGCAAAGGAGGAUCAAUUGGAUAAGAAAAUGGCUUCUUUGACUAGAUCCAAAUCUCAAUCGACUAAACUGUCAUUGAGUCCAGAUACGAAGAAGGAACCUUUGGGGAAAUUGAAGGUUCAUAGUUCGAGGUCGAUUCCAUCUUCCCCCACAAGUUGUUAUUCAUUGCCAACAUCUUUUGAGAAGUUUGCCAAUGGGAUUAAGCAGCAGGCAGACAUAAAAGGGCAGAGAAAGGGAAGUCCCAAGGUGGGAUCCAUGGAGAAGCCGAGUUCUUUCCAUGGGAUGAGUCCGAUCGGAAAAAAGGUACCGGUCAUCAAAUCUUUGGUGCAAGGGAUUGAAUUAGGGGCCAAAGCUUUGAGAAAGAGCUGGGAAGGGAAUAUGGAAGUGAAAAGUAGGGACCAUUCUAAACCGAGAGCUAGCAAGCAUGAUAUCAAGCAAGAAUCUCGUAGCACUUCGGUCCCUAGAAAGAGCACGUCAAGUGAAAAGUUGCUGUCCAAGGAGACUAAGCUCCAAACAUCUACCAGGUCACUAAAAGAGGAGAGUAAAUCCCCAGUUUCAACUAAGAAAAUGUUGGAUGAGCAGGAGAAACCGAAUAAGCCAAGAACUUCCAUUGGGAAGAAAUCCGGAGACCUAACUAAUAAUGGUGGCCUGGGGAACUUGGUUAAGAUUCCGGUAAAUAGUAAAAGAUUGACAGAUGCAAGUAUUUCAUGGGGUUCACUCCCCUCUUCUGUUUCAAAGCUCGGAAGGGAGGUCUUGAAACAUAGGGAUGCAGCACAAACAGCGGCAAUAGAAGCUUUGCAGGAGGCUGCUGCUUCAGAGAGCUUACUACGAUGUUUAAGCUUAUAUUCUGAUCUUACUACUUCUGCCAAGGAAGAUAAUCCUCAGCCUGCAGUGGAUCAGUUCUUAACCCUGCAUGCAAGCUUGAAUCAUGCUCGGAUGAUUGCAGAUUCUUUAUCAAAAACUAUUCCAAUCGGUUUGUCUUCGGAAUCUGAAGAAAACCCCUCAGAAGAGGCAAUGAAGGUCACAUCUGAUGGACGGAAAUAUGCAGCUUCAUGGGUGCAAGCUGCAAUGGCUACCAAUCUAUCGACCUUCUCGGUAUUUACCAAAGAACAUAGUUCAAUGUCUAGUCAUGCUUCAGCUUCUGCACAAAGCCAGAAGGCUAUCUCUGCCAAUCAAAACAUUUUAAUUCUGGAAAAUUCUGCUAAGAAUGCUUCUGCAAAAUCCCAAGCGAAAACCCGUCCAGUAAUCGGUUCAAAGCUUGUAGCACAAGGUAUUCUUCGAAAAGCAGGGGAUGUUUCAGGCAUUGGCCCGAAAGUGCCAGUCGAACCACCACCGGAAUGGACAAGGGGAAAUGGCCUUGAUGAGGCUGUUGAUUUGGCUGAAAUGCUGCGAAUGGAAUCCCAGGAUUGGUUCUUAGGAUUUGUGGAGAAAUUCUUGGAUGCCGAUGUCGACACAUCCGCUUUAUCCAAUAAUGAUCAAAUAGCUGGGAUGUUGACACAGCUGAAGAGUGUCAAUGACUGGUUAGACGAAAUCAGUUCGAACAAAGACAGAGACGAAGAAGAAGAAGAGACUACUCCACAUGUUUCAUCCGAGACAGUCAGUCGGCUAAGGAAGAAGAUAUACGAGUAUCUUCUUACUCAUGUUGAAUCUGCUGCUGCUGCUCUAGGUGGUGGCGGGUCACAGCCACCGCCAGCACCUGUCCGAACAGCCGAAACAAAAUCGAAAAAGUGACAUCGUCAAGUACUGAGUGUCAGUGCGCAGCAGUGAGGCCACUCUAGUGGCAAAGAUCAGUGCUUACUAAAUUAUCACUUGUGUAUAUAAAUCCAACAUGGGUUUUGAGGUAUAAAUGCA